AUGCACGAAUUACUUAAGCAUGUAUUGAACGAGAGAGAUCUUACAAGAGCUGGAGAUCUCUUCGCUAUCCCGGAUGCAGAUAUUGUUGAUGACUUGAAUGAAGUGUUAAAGCAAAUCAGUGAAAUUUCUUCAAGAACUGAUUAUUGUCGCAAUGAUCGUGAUCAAGCAUUAAUUGAAAUAUGUGUGACAAGAGUAACAUCAUGCAUAAAGGAGACAGGCACCUUGGAGAAGUAUUGUGGGGCACUGGUGGCCCUACUAGAGUCCUGUUUACAUCACAAUCUGAUGCCAUUGGGCCAUUUGAGAGAUGAUGAUCCUCCACAUGCUAAAAUUGCAUCUGAUAUUAUAGCAUGCAUCGUACUGGUAUCGUUUCCUGUACAAGCUGAGAAAGAGCAUUACAGUAACAAAAAUGUUAUGGAGUUAUUUUUGCCAGUAGCUGUUCAGUUUUUGCACAAAGGGAAUCGUGAAAUCUCUAGACACAUGGCACGUUAUCUUUCUCUCGCUGCUGUCCACCAUGCAGCUCUAUUAAAGCCUCAUGUUCAGACUAUAAUGGACUCAAUCAUGUCAGGAAACUAUCCCUUAUGUCGUAUCCUGACGAACCUAUACGAGGUGUGUCCUGAGCCACUGGAGGCGCACGCGACGGCGCUGGUGUCGUUGCUUCCACACGCGGAGCCCGUGGAGAAGAGCGCGUUGUUUGCGUUACUGGAACAGAUGGCUGCAAGAAGGCCAGAUGCUCUGAGGGCGUGUGUCCCGCAGCUGCUGUCAUAUGUGUGUCCCGCCACGGCGCCCCAAGCAGACCCGGGCUGUAUGUGCGUCGACAUAUUGCAGGUGAUGGUGUGCGUAAGCCGACGGCGCGCUUCCCUGGUGCGCGAGCACAGCGCGGCCAUCGAGCGGGCCGGACGCGCGCCACACGCCGCCCCGCCCGCGCCCGCACUCGCAGCCGCCGCGCUCGCGACCCUCGGGUACUCCGACCGGGAUCGCGCUGCGGAAGCGUUGAGUUUCGUACUGGAGCAGCUGCCGCGGGCGGAACGCGGCGCCCAGGCCGCUCUGCUCCGCGAGGCCACGUCGCUGUGCAGCGCUUAUCCAGCGCUGUUCACCGAUCGCGUUCUAGCCGCAGUACGCGCCGCCACUAACGCCGGCAACAGGCCGAAGUCGGAAAUAUCUACAGGGGAGGUGAAUCGCACUUCCGGUGGGGUCACAAUCGUGAAACUUGGUGGGGGCGGGGUUAGUACUGUGGGCGGGGUCAAUACUGUUAGCGGGAGUGCAGUGAGUACAGUAAGCGGGGUAGGUGUGAGUGCUGUGAGUGUAACGGGGGUUAGUGCGGGGUAUACUCGAAGGGCGAAGCUUGGUGAUUCGCGCAGUACUGGAAGACUGCACGCGGCGCCGCAUCGAAGCAUCACGCGACUCAAUCUGGCUGGUGGUUCCGUGGGAGGUCUUCACAAAAGCAUGACUCGUUUGUCGUCAUCGCAACAGAUCAACUCGCAGCAAGUGAACUCGCAACAAAACAUCAACUCUCACACGAGCAGCGGCGUGAAGCUAAGCGGUGCGGGCGUGACGGUUAGCAGCGUGUCGCCGCCGCGGCCCGCGCGCGCGCCGUACAGCAUCAUCGUCGGCGCCGGCGCCACUUCGGGCCCCACAAUAAUAUCGAAUCCGCCGCUCCAAACCCAAUCGAUAUCCGUGAACCCUCUGACGGGUAAAUCGUCGGACGCGCUAAGCCCAGUGUCUACCACGACCGCGGUGACGUCAUCGGGCCCGGUGACAGUGACGUCACGCCGCGCCAACAACACCAGCGUCACUAUGAUCAAUUCUCCGGCGAACGCCAAUCAUCGCAUCAGCGUGUUCGAGCCGUAUCCCAUGCGAGAUACUGUGCAGCAUUUCUGCGAGAAACAUCUGGAUAAGAUAAAGGCGUACAUGGAUAAUGUGUCGCUGAGAUUGCCCCCGCCAGCUAAGUGCACUAUUGAAGAGCGUCGUUCAAAGAAGCAGGCGCGGCUUUCAUUCGCGUGCGGCCGUCGCGGCGCUCACUGCCUUUACGCGCGCGCUCUUUUCUGCGUUCGCACCCGUUCUCCGCGCGUUUGGAUCCACCUCAUGUUCCUCGCGUUACAAGCGAGACAUGCUAGAGCUCUGUCUUCACGCGACCCUACCGUCGCCAGCCUCAAGCACUGCUGGGACAUCCUCAAAUGCGAGAACAAGACCUUCCUAACGCUCGUCACCAGCGCCUUCCCGCCGCUAAAGGAGCAAGAAAUGGUAGCAAACGAGUUGCGCGCAGCUGGUUUCUUCGACGUAUUCGAGGUUUCUACUGGCGACGAUGGCCGCGGAGCAAUAUGGGGCUGUUUCCUCUGCACUCACCCAGAGAGGGCCCUGGGAUUCCUAACAGCUGACGGACAGCCCGUCAUAGAGGGACAACUCAAAGAAAAGAAGGGCAGAUGGAGGCUGUUCCGGCGCUGGAGGACGAGAUACUUCACGCUGUCUGGAGCACAUCUUUCUUGCAAAGGAUCGAGCGGCGGCGAGAGUAUUGACAUCAACCAAAUCCGUUCGGUGAAGGUGUCCCGCGGUGCGCGCAACAUUCCCAAGGCGUUCGAGAUCUUCACCGGCGACCAGACGCUCAUUCUGAAGCCCAAAGACGGUAAGAACGCAGAGGAAUGGGUGCAAUGCCUCAGCAUCGCCGUAGCCCACUCUCAGGCCAGAGACGCGCCGGCCAAAGCGCACAGUCUACCAGCUAGAGGCCUCACACUAAAGGGCUUUUAA